GCUAUUGUGCUGUGCUUUAGGCUUCAUUUUACUAAAAACAGUACUACUAAUAAUACUGCUUCUGCUACCGUAAGGCAGCUGGUUUCGGCUGUAUUUGAAAGAAUUGCACUUGAAGAUUUUUGUCCUUCUGAUGAAUCUACUAAUCUGUCUAAUGUAAAUUUGGAGGAAUUAAAAGGUGGGAGCCGGAUACCACCAAAGUCCUUACCUUCUCAUGCGGCUGAUGGUUUUAUGCUAUUUCAGGAUUUAGUUCAGUUAGUUAAUGCCGAUCAACCAUUUUGGUUAAUUGGUCUUACAGAGAUGACGAGAACGUUUGGUUUGGAACUACUUGAGUCUAUUUUGUCAUCCUUUCCUGAUGUUUUUUUCAAGCAUGUUGAGUUCAAUUUUCUACUGAAGGAAAGAGUCUGUCCUCUGAUCAUUAAAUUAUUUUCACCAAAUAUCAAAUAUCGCCAAGGCGUGCAGAAUGUUGGGCAAACUACGACUACAUCUGAUAAACCAUAUUUUCCCAUAUCUAUGCGCUUACUACGCAUUGUAUCUAUAUUGAUACAGAGCUAUUACAAGAUGUUAGUUACAGAAUGUGAAAUAUUUUUGUCAUUAAUUGUGAAGUUUUUAGAUGUAGACAAGCCUUCAUGGCAAAGAGCUCUUGCUCUGGAAGUAUUACAUAAAAUGUGCAUUCAACCAGAGUUAUUAAAAUCUUUCUGCCAGUGUUAUGACAUGAAGCCACACAGCACAAAAAUAUUCAAAGAUAUUGUGAAUGCUCUGGGUUCCUAUGUUCAAUCAAUGUUCAUAUCUACCAAUGCUGGGAAUCCUGUGUUAUCAAGUACAUUAUCAAGUGGUACUCCACCUCCCUCUGCUGUGCAAGGUCAGCCACCAGCUUUAGUUGCUGGAUUGCCAGUUGGACCUGGAGUUACACCACAGGCUGCAUUUUUGUAUCGUGGCAUUUGGCUUCCUAUGAAUCCUGUACCAUCUGGAACUUGUAAACCUGUGUUUUUAGAACUUCUUGAUAGAUUAGAAGCACCGGGUGUACCUGAUGGCUAUGGAAUUUCUGUUGCAUAUUCCUGUCUUUUAGAUGUUAUAAAUAGCAUUGCAGCUAUCAUUCAGCAUGAAAAACCUUCAGACACUUGUUCCCAGGACGAAUCAGAUUUACUUAACAAACAAGAAGUUUCUGAUUUGCCUCAUGUAAAACAAAGUUCUAAAACUGAGCAAACAUCUGAAAAUGAUCCAGUUUGUGAUCAACCAAGUGAUGAAUGCCCUCCUGAGCUUUCAGAACAAAUAGUGAAUUCAACAUGGUGUGGACUUUUAGCGGCAUUUACUCUGCUCAUUGAUGCAAGUACUGAUGAAACUGCAACUGAAAAUAUCCUUAAAGCCAUGCAGAUUUAUAGCAGCAUAUGUGGUACAUUAAAUAUGACAACUCCUCGAGAUGCUUUUAUUACAGCCAUGUGCAAAGCAUCCCUGCCACCUCACUACACUUUAACUGUUCUGAACUCAAAUUUGCUCAAAUCAGAUGUAAAAGGAGAUAGAAGGCGAGAUUGUGAUGACUUGAUCCAUAGUGGUGUUAAUUGUAACAAUCUCUCUGGAGCAGCUCAGUUUCCCUUAGGUCUCUACUUAGGAAGUUGUGAUGGUCAUGAAAUGAGACAGCAAGUUGUAGCUGUUGGGACACCUCUUCCCACAGCAUCUUUACCACUUGGAGCUCAACAAGGCCCAGUUAUGUUGACUGCUAAAAAUUUACAGUGCAUGAGAGCUGUGCUUAGUUUAGCCCAUUGCCAUGGAGCUGUUUUGGGUACCUCGUGGCACCUUGUGCUUACAACGUUACAACAUCUUGUAUGGAUUCUUGGUUUGAAACCGUCUACUGGGGGAAGUCUAAAGGCUAGUCGAUCAACUGAUUCCGCUAAUGCUGUCAUAACUACUGCAGUUAUGGCUGAUUUACCUGUGCUAUCAGCUAUGCUAUCUAGAUUGUUUGAAAGUUCUCAGUACCUGGAUGAAGUUGCUUUACAUCAUCUAAUAGAUGCCCUGUGUAAAUUAUCUUCAGAAUCAAUGGAGCUUGCAUAUACAAACAGGGAACCAUCUCUGUUUGCUGUAGCAAAGCUGCUGGAAACAGGUUUAGUAAAUUUAUUUCGUGUUGAAGUUCUUUGGAGACCUGUCACUAACCAUUUGCUUGAAGUAUGUCAACAUCCACAUAUCAGAAUGAGGGAAUGGGGAGCAGAAGCUGUAACAUUUUUAGUAAAAGCUGCUCUUUUUCAUAAAUAUGAACCAUCUCUAAAGGAAAACAAAAAACUGCAAAUUAUGCUUCUAAGUCCUUUGCAAGAGCUUUCCUCAUCUGCAUAUAAUCCAUAUCCAGACAUACGUCAGAAACAACUAGAUUGUGCACUUCAGGUUCUUCAUAGUAGUGGUGACAUAAUAUCCAGUGGGUGGCCUCAGCUUUUGGAUGUAAUUGGUGCUAUAAAGGAAGAUCAUAGUGAGGCUUUGAUAAGGUCAGCUUUCCAGUGCCUUCAGCUAGUAGUUGCAGAUUAUCCACCUGUUAUGCCUUGCACUUGUUUGCAACUUUGUGUUGAUGCUGCUGCGAAGUUUGGUUCCCAAACUCAAGAAUUAAAUGUUUCAUUGGCUGCAGUUGGUCUGUUGUGGAAUAUUGCGGAUCAUUUAUUUCAAAAUGAAGAAAAAAUUUCGCAAGGCUUGUUAUCUGCAACAGAAGAAGAGCUGUCUAUUUUGAAUUCUGUUCAAAUACCAAGUUAUGGUUUUCCAUUACUACCAUUUGAUCGACUGUGGCUAAGUUUAUUCUGUAGAUUAGGAGAUCUGUGUGUUGAUUCAAGACCUGCAGUUCGUAAAAGUGCUGGACAAACAUUGUUUUCUACUCUAGGUGCUCAUGGAUCUUUAUUGCAGCAAACUACAUGGGAAGUUGUAUUAUGGCAGGUUUUGUUUCCAUUACUGGAUAGGGUGAGAUCUUUGUCUGGUACGGCAUCAACAGAUAAAAUUACAGAUAUGGGAGGAAAUAUACUUAUUCAUCAUUCAAGGAACACUGCUCAGAAACAAUGGGCUGAGACUCAAGUUCUUACUCUGUCAGGUGUUGCUCGGAUAUUUCAUACAAAACGAGAUGUUCUUCAAACACUUCGAGAUUUUCCUAGAGCAUGGGCAUUGCUUUUGGAAUUCAUAGAAAGCUCCUCAUUGAGCAAGAAUAAUGAAGUGUCAUUCUCUGCAUUGAAAAGUUUUCAAGAAAUUUUAAACAUAAGCAGAUAUCAAGAUGUUAAGAUUGAUAAAAUAAAGAAUGAGAUUGUUCCAUCUGAAGAGGAUGAUGCUUCUUCUGAGAGAACUGUUAGUGAAGUUGCAUUAUGGAGUGCUGCAUGGAAAGUUUGGUAUAACAUCGGGAUAGAGAGUACAAAACCUCCUCCAGACAGGCUUAUAGACAGUGCUCAUUCUAAAAAUGACUAUUCUAUGCUCUAUGUGCCUGCACAACAAUUUUUGACAGCAUUAAUUCACAUAUUUCCAUCCUUAUUUCAGCAUAUUAAGGGAAGAUUUGUUUCAGCAGAUUUUCAAAAAUUAGCUACUGUUUUGCAAAAUGCUGUUGCUGUGCCUGUGCAUGGUGAAACAUCACCAUUUAUUUUACCUUCCUUAACUGAAGUUGUAUUGACACCACUGCAAGAUGCUGUUUUGCAAGCUAUGCACAUAUUACUAAAGGAAGCUUUAAAUGAAAAUGAAAAUCUUGUGUCCCUCCUGCCUGCCAUUUUCAACCAGUUACUAGUAUUUUCUUCAUAUGCUUGCAAUGCACCACCUUAUGGACAACUGAGAACUCGUGCUUUUGUAAACAUGAAAAUUUCAUCGACAGACUGGGUUACAAUGAAUUUUGUUCCAUUCGGUGAGAAAGCUCUGGAAAUGGUAGUUAGUGCUUACCAGCAAACUGCACAACAAACAAAUGUUAUAAAGUCACAGGUUUUGCAUUCCAUUAUAAAGUCACUUCGACUGCCAUUAAGUAUGAAGUAUGCUUGUCCUUCUCAAAUGACAUGGAAGUUAGCAGUGAAUGCUUUAUUGAAAGUUUUGUAUUCUGGACUGCCCGUUGCUCGUCAAUAUCCUGCCCAGUUUGAAGGUAUGUGGAUUGAUCUUGCAUAUGCAUUGGAGGAUUUCCUGUUUCCUGCCAGCUUGCCAUCUCCUACACAAAGCCUUGAAGAUCAGCAAUGUGAUGAGGCACUGGAUUGUAAGAUUAUACAUCUCGUGCGGGAUGGAAUUUUGCCAUAUGCAAAUCAACUUCCACGAGAAUUUAUCACCAGAAUUGUCACCUUAUUAAAUAAAGGUUCAAUUCAUUCUGCUACAAAUAACAGUCCAGUUGACAUUGAUUCUAGUAGAAAACUUAGAGAAGAGUUUGCAAAAUCAUGCUUUGAAACAUUGCUGCAGUUCUCAUUUCUAGAAAGUGGGAUUGAUAUUGAUGAUGAUGGUGUUGUGAAUUUAUUGGCAGUAACUUCUCUUCUUCAUAGAUUUAAAGAAGUAAUUCAUAAGUAUGCUGAAGAUGAAAGACUUAGUGGAAAAUGCCCUUUACCUAGGCACAGAAUGUCUGAAAUAUCUUUUGUCCUGAAGGCUGUAGCUACAUUGGCUAAAUCAUUGAAAAAGGCUGACCCUGAGAAAGUUGAAUGGACUAUUUGGGAACAGCUGAUUUCUCUUUAUCCAAGUCUUGUUGACUGCACAACCUCAACGUCAGCUCAAGUGUGCUGUUCACUUCGUGAAGCCUUGCAUGAAUAUGCUGAUUUAUUGGAACCACCUAAGAAUGUGCUCAAUGGAAGUUCAUGAUAUAAACAUAUUGUACAUUUCCCCCAUAUUUUCAUGAAGCGCUGUUCACUUUAUAAGUGAAAUAUGUGAUUCUGAACUCAGUGCAUUUCAUUGCCAAAUAGUCUACUGAAUGCCUCAAUCUUUUAUAAACAUGAUGUGGUUGUUCUGUCUGCACACAGUUGCCAUAAAUUUAUAACUUUGGCCUCUACAUUGUAAUGAAAGAUGUAUGAUUGUGAUUCACUCAUUUAAAUCUAAAUGAAAGAAUGUGGCAGCAAUAUGUAUUAGAAUUAUUUUAUGUAUUCCCUUUUCUUUCAAGCAGAGUUUUACUACAUAAUUAUGUUUAUAAUAAAAAAUUAUAAAUAUUUUGAAUAGGUAAUACUAAUUUUAUGUUGAGAUAUUGUCUUAAUUUAUUUACACCCAAGGGAGAUGCAUAUUGUUUUUGAAAUAAUUUAGAUUGAAUUACUUUUUCAGUACCUGCAUUUCAAUGAAAAUGUAUUCCCUUCUAAGUGUUAUUUUGUAGCUAUAUAUUAUGUUUGAAGUUUAUAUGUAUCGUGAUUUUUUCUUCUGUAUUGUUGUGUUUUUAAAUUUGCAUCAUGUUACAUAAAACGUCUGUGCCACCUUUUUAAGGAAUAUGCAGUAAAUCUCAUACUUAAGAUUAUUUUGAUGUAAUUGGAAUUAAAAUAUUAUGUUUCAAAUAUUUUAGCAAGUACAACUUGUGAUAUUUAUUCAGAUUUUGUGCAGAUCUGUGAUAAAUGUUAUUUUGUAUUUUAGUGGUUACAAAGUAAUUACUGUAAUGGUUCAGUAUAAUAUUAAUGCCAAUUUAGUAAAAAAUGAAUUUUAAUUGCAUUUUGUUGUAAUUUCUUGAACUAUGAAUUAAUUACAAAAUUAAAUGAUGGAUGUAUAUUAUAUAUGAGACUUCUUCUAAGACUAUGAGUAAUAAUCUCGUUUCUGAAAGAAGAAAAUAUAUAUUUUAAGCAUUUAGAAAUGUAUUCAGUUCUGCACUUUUACCUGUGCAUUUAAAGGUUAAUGCUGCAAGUAACUAAAAUUGCUACUUUAUGCUAAUAUGUUUUGUCUAUACCUUGCAAUGAAUACUGUUUCGCGUAUACCGAUUUUUUUUAUUACAUUUUAUGCAUUGGGUCAUUUGCAAAUAGUAGUGAAUGUUUUGAAAACCAUCCUAACAUUCUUGAAUAAUUUCUGUUUUUACUUAACUAUGAUACUCCAUAAAUUUCUUCUGUAUGUUGUAAUGAAACCAUAAUUACAGAUUAUUCUAAAAUGGCAAAAAGACUAAUUGUUGGUAUUUAUAAAUAUUUUUUGCCUUCUUAGUUGCAUUACCAUUUUGCAGAAGGGAAGGUGUUUUUUUUUCCCCCGGGGGGGAGGGGACGAAGAAAAACACGUUACUUAAUUCCUUUAGUUUCUGUUAGAGCAUAACUUGAACAGAAGCUUUUGGAUCUCAUUACAACAUUAAUACAGUGGUAAUUAAGUUUCCAAAGCAUGAUGAUAAUUAUAAUUUAUUUAUAGAAAAAGUGAUGAAACCCAUCUUUAAACUAAUUACUGGAAGGCAAUAAAAGGAGCAUAGAGCAUACUUAAGUAUGCCAAACUUGAUAAAUUAUAAGGACUGUAUUAAAAACUAUAAUAUCUAUUCAAAGAAAAGUAUAAAAUUUCAUGCUAGAAAAUCUAAAUGAAAUUAUGUACUUUUCUUCACAGUGAGUGAAUUACUUAAAUGAUACCCAGCUGAUUUAAAAAGUUUCAUGUUCAAGUAUUUAUCUUUGCAGUUCUCAGCUAUAAAUCCAAUAGUAGCUAGGGAGAAUUAUGGCAGGAAAAAUUAUCCAUGACAUUUAAUUGAUCCUGUACCAAAGAUCUUUAGACAGAAGGUAUCUCUAGUACAUUUUAAGCAUCCGUAUCAGACCGGACAAUAUUGACAGGUCAGCAGUGUACUUCCAGUGCAUGAAUAGCAGUAGCGGGUUGCCAAAUUGUUAAAUUUUUGACACAUUUAGAUUCAUAUUAAGUUUAUAGCUUUUCUUCUAAUUAGGCACUUAAUUUGAUAAGUCAAGGAAAUAUUUGAAAUCUGCUACAUAUCUCAAUUUUCUUACAUUUUUAUAUACCUAAAUUUCUUCUACAUAUCUUAUGUAGUUUUGUAUAAAAGUUUUGUAAUAAAUAAAAAGUUAAAAUAUGUUUGUGUUGUAUGAUUAUGGCAAUAUCUAUAUUAGUGGAUGAUUCAUUUGAUAUCUUGCUAAUAUAAUUUUGUACCCCUUCCAACUUGAGGAAAAUUUUAUUUGUGACGUGAAAUUUUUGUUGUUGUAUAUAUGAUCUUGUCUCAGUUGCAGAGCAUAACUAUUUUCAUGGUAAUAUUUUUAGUGUGUACUAUUCCUUUAUUUUUUGUUAUGCACAGAUUAUUUUUCAGAGUUUCUGAUUAUCAAAUCUCACUUGUUUUAUUCUUGAAUAAUGCUAGUGUGAAAGAAGUUGUCAGAUAUUGCUGAAAUUGUUGUUUUAAUGAUAUGUAUUGUACACGAGUUGUUUUACUUGUUCAUAUUGUUUAACUGAAACAAAAUAUUAGUCACCAUCUUUGUAUUCAAUGUAAAAAUAUACUUUCAUGUUAUAUUAUGUUCCACGAUGUUUUUUGUUUCCAGUUAGCAGCUGAAGCUGUACUUUACAUUCUCUAAAAUUUUGUAAAUUAUUAAUGAAAAAUAUUUUUGUUAUAUGACUGACAUUUUGAAAAUUGUAAUAUUUUUUGGCCACUUUUUAUUAGUAAGUAAAUAUAUGUAUAUGAGUUAAUAAGCAUUCAGCAUCAAUUAAGUGUGCAGCAUUGCUGCAGAUAAAAAUUCUCAUUCCUUGUAAUUUACAUUCAAGAAAUGACAAACACAAAUAAGCUAACUGACAUUAUAUUUGAUAUAGGUUCUAAAAGAGAAAAUAGGAUUGUGAAAGAAGGUGCUCUACAGGUAGCAGUUCUGACAAAAAUGGGAAGAGUUUCAUUAAACAUGAAUGGAAGCCUCUCUUUUUUGGGGGGGGAGGGCUAAAAUUAUUUUGUAACUAAACUUUAGGAACUGCUUAACAAUCUGCAAAUAUGUUACAUUUUCCCUAACUUUUUAAUGUAUUCAGAUCUUUAUAAUGCUUAGGAUUAACCAGAGCUUUAGUUGAACAUAAAAACAACUACCUUCUGUGUGGUGUGUGAUAUUAUAAAUGAAAUUAAUAUUUAGAUAUAAGCAAUAAUCAUGAAUCAUAUUUUAAUGUUUGGAUACUUGCUGACUUGGCUUUCAAUAAACCAGUCAGCCAUUUCACCAUCACUUCAUCAUGAUUGUUACCCAGAGAUAGACUGAUAAUGCGCCUACAGGAGAGGGGAGAAAGAAUACAAACAGCUAAGCCUUAUUUAGGAAUCAAAGCCAUGCCAUCUGGCAUUGCAUAAUAGGUACCCACCACUUACCAACUGGGGUAAUGUAAUUGCAGAACUUUAAAGUACAUUAUUAGUGCCCCAUUAAUUAUAUCAACAGGAUACAUCAAGUAUGUUUUUCAUAUUCUUUUCAUUCUGUGCCAACUUACUUAUAAUUUUGUUGCGAUUUAGAAUGUCUUACUUUGUUGAGAGUUGGUUUUAUAUCUAUUAAAUAUGUCUAAUUGCCAUUUAAUUAUAUAUGUAUCUUAUUUCAAGCAAAGCUACUUCAUUAAUAUUAAUUUUGAGCAGUUAAAAAUUCUGAGAACCUGCAGUGUUCAUUAAAACUGCUUGGUACUCUACAAUAUUUUGAAUUCUGGUUCAUAUUCAAGGUACCUCCUCUUUUUGCUAUUUGUUUUAAUUAUUAUUUGAAGUAUCAUUAGUAAUGAUGAAAUUUGUUCACUUGCAUAUGUGCCCCAUUAUAUUCAAAUCUAAUAAAUUUUAAGAACAUGCAUUAUAGGAAAUAAUUGUAAUGUGCUGUAUUAUAAUUCUCUGUGAUCAUAUUGGUGAGACUCACAUUAGUUCAGUGUUUGAAAUAUCCUAGGUCUUUGAUCUCCUACUUAUCUCAGUCUGUGCCAAAGACCAUUCUCUCCCCCCAAUCCCUUCUGUGAGGUGUUAAAAAUAUAGUCUUGAUGAAAAUAAAUAUGUAUUAUGUAACCUUUU